ACACACACACCUCAGAAAGCCCAGAGCAGAUCCCGCACAGUCACGCACGGACAAGCACACAGCGCGCGCGGAAUGCGUGCAUUCUGACGGACAACGACUUAAUACAACAGAGAAUCAGCAUCAUGACCAGGUCUGUGCGGGAAGAGCAGGCGUCAGCGGAGUCAGAGGAGCAGCAGGAGCUUCACAGCCCCACAGGUGGAGAGACAGAGAGGGGGGGAGAAGAAGAGGAGGAUCACUUCCACCAGUUGGAGGAGGAGGAGGAGGACGAUGAGGAGGAAGAAGAGGAGGAGGAUGGCGAGAACAAACCCAAGAGGCGAGGGCCAAAGAAGAAGAAGAUGACAAAAGCUCGUCUGCAGAGGUUUAAGGUCCGUCGAAUGAAAGCUAAUGCCCGGGAAAGGAACCGUAUGCACGGGCUGAACGAUGCUCUGGAGAGCCUGCGGAAAGUCGUUCCCUGUUACUCCAAAACCCAGAAACUGUCAAAGAUUGAGACGCUCCGCCUUGCGAAGAACUACAUCUGGGCCUUGAGUGAGAUCCUGCGCUCCGGCAAGGCACCCGACCUUAUGAGCUUCGUCCAGGCGCUGUGCAAAGGUCUGUCUCAGCCAACCACCAACCUCGUGGCAGGCUGUCUUCAGUUGAAUCCUCGGACUUUCCUUCCAGAACAGACACCUGACCUGCCCGCUCAUCUCCCCCCAGCCGGCACUGUUGCCUAUCCUGGACACUUUUCCUACCAGAGCCCUGGGCUGACGGCAGGCCUGCCCAGCCCACCCUACAGCAUGGAGCCCUCCCACAUCUUCCACCAGGUCAAAGGUCAGCCCUACGGCCCACUGGAGCCCUUCUUUGAUGGCGUCCUGGUGUCAGACGGCCCAGCGUUUGAUCCGCCUCUCAGCCCUCCGCUCAGCAUCAACGGAAACUUCUCAUCCUUCAAGCAAGAGACCGUUGCAGCAACUGACUACGACAAGAGUUUCUCGUUCAGUGUGCACUACGGGGGAGGAGGACCAGGGGGCCAUGCUGCCAUCUAUGGAGGUGGGGGGUCCAACCCACGGUGCAGUGAGCUGCAGGUGGAUGGGCUGAUGGGCUUUGAUGGACACUCGCACCACGAGCGGCUGAUGAAUGCCCAGCUGAAUGCCAUCUUCCACGACUCCUGAGGAAGUGGAAGAUGAGGGACUGAGGCUGAUGAAGACAGAGAGACAAACAGAGACUGAUGUAUGGAGAGACAGUUCUGUGUAUUUCUAUCAUUCCACAGCUGUCUUUCUUCCUGUCUUUCCUUCUUUCUGUCUGUGUUAGGUUGUACAACUCCUCAACGUGGUCGUGAGAGCAAAGAUUUCACAGAUGAUGUCACGUUGAUGAUGUAACCCUUUUUGUAGCGCUUCAUCCUGCAGGAGAUGCUCUCUGAAUGUCUCGUUAUUAUCAAUAUUAUCACUUAAAAAUAAUCAAUAAGCAAUAAUCUGGAGGAAACUAUGCAAUUUUGUUAAAAGCUGAGCUAUGCUCAUCUGAUAAUUCCAAAUGUUGAAAGAAUUAAGAUUUCUCUAUUUUUGGGUCAGUGUCUAAGGCAUUGUUGAGCCGGCGUUGCGUCGAUUGUUCAUGUUGUUCAUGUGGUUUUUACUUUUUGCUUUUUAUAACAUUCCUGUAGCUUUCUGUUAACAUUUUAACGUGACUCUUGUUCAUAUUUUAUAAUAUAGAUGUUUAUAAAGGCCUUUCAUUAAAA